CUGCGCAUGUGCGAGUAGGUGCUUGGGACAGCAGUCGGUGCUGGAAUGGAGUGAGGAGCAAGAGGCUUGUCACUAUGAGGAUCAACCAAAAUACAGUAUUGCAGGGGAAGAGAGUGACUUUGGUGCCGUACACCUCUGCACAUGUACCAAGGUACCAUGAGUGGAUGAAAUCAGAAGAGCUUCAGCGUCUGACUGCAUCUGAACCACUAAGCCUGGAACAGGAAUAUGAGAUGCAGUGUAGCUGGCGAGAGGAUGCAGACAAAUGCACAUUUAUAAUACUUGAUACAGAGAAGUGGUCUAGGCAGUCAGCCACAGAGGAAGACUGUAUGGUGGGAGAUGUAAAUUUGUUCCUCACAGACUCUACAGAUCCAACACUGGGAGAGAUUGAAGUCAUGAUUGCAGAGGCCAGUUACCGUGGCAAAGGUUUUGGUAAAGAAGCCACUCAGAUCAUGAUGUCAUAUGGAAUGACACGGCUGGGACUCACCGUUUUUGAGGCCAAAAUAGGAUUAGAAAACGAAGCCAGUAUUGGCAUGUUCAAAAAUCUUCAUUUUAAGGAGGUGGGAGUAAACAGUGUCUUCCAAGAAGUGACUCUUCGACUAAAUGUGGAUGAACAAGAGAGAGAAUGGUUGCUUGAGCAAACCAGCCAUGUGGAUGAAAAAAACUACAGUGUCAUGAAACUGCAGAAUCUGGCUUGUAAUAGCUGACAGCAUUUCUGGACGCCUGGGCCUCCUAAGUCUCCCCCAAGGCCGGAUUUCAAAGCAUCAGUGACAGCUGCGAAUACUAUGGGGGACUGUACUGGAUCAGAAGUCAAACUGUUCCACUGCUACCCUCCAUACUUUUUUUACAUCCUUAAAAAUACCCCUCACAUCAAGUUUAAAUGCAAUGAACUACUACUUAAUGGGGGGGGAACCCUUCAUCAUUAAAACUGAGUACAUUCAACAGUU